AGAUGAUCAAGAUCUUGGUAGUGGAACUGCUGGUUCUGCUGGCCAGCUCAUCGGUUUUUUCCAUCGAAGUUGACACCGAUCUGGGACGCGUACGGGGAGUAAACCUCACCUCCCGAUUGGGUGUAAGCUUCCAUGCCUUUCGGGGUAUUCGCUAUGCAGAGCCGGCUCUGGGUGAGCUGCGCUUCGUGAAUCCGCAGCCUGUGAAGCCCUGGUCUCCGGGGACCUUCGAUGCCAGCCAAGACGGACCGAUGUGUCCGCAGCCGUGGGAUAACAUGACCGAUGUCUCUGAGGAUUGUCUGCGCCUCAACGUUUACACGAAGGAUGUGAAGGCCCGAAAGCCGGUGAUCGUUUUUCUGCAUCCUGGUGGCUUUUACGUGUUCUCCGGACAGAGCAAGUACCUGGCUGGACCAGAGCAUUUUAUGGAUCGCGAUUGUGUCCUGGUCUCGCUGAACUAUCGGUUGGGCAGCUUGGGAUUCCUGGCCACCGGCACUAAGGAUGCUCCCGGGAAUGCGGGUCUCAAGGAUCAGGUCCUGGCACUGCGCUGGGUUCAGAAGCACAUCCACCGUUUCGGCGGGGACCCCCAAAGUGUAACCCUCCUGGGAUACAGUGCAGGCAGUAUCAGCAUUGGCCUGCACAUGAUCUCGCCCAUGUCGCGGGGUCUCUUCCAUCGUGGCAUCUGCAUGAGUGCCUCUCCAUAUGGACCCCCUAAAUACCAUAGCAAUGACCUUCAGCUGGCCCAGCGUCAAGCGAGGCUAUUGAAGUGCCCCCAAGAACCCGUUGCGGAAAUGGUCGAGUGUAUGAGGCGUAAACCUUACUUGGACUACGUAAGCACCUACAAUGGAAUGUUCGAGUUUGGUUGGAAUCCUGUGCUCAACUGGAGGAUCGUGGUCGAGGAGGACUUUGGUCAGGAGCGGUUCCUUAUCGAAGAUCCCUUUAAGACCGCCCGGCGUGGCGACUUCUACAAAGUGCCUCUUAUCACUGGAAUCACAGAGUUUGAAUUCAAAUCUGCAGCAUUCUGGGAUCUGCGCAAUGCAAGCAUCGUGAGCAAAUACAAUUCUGACUGGGAACGCUUUGCUCCGAUUGCUCUGAUUUUGGAUCGUGACUCGAACCAGUCACGAACUGCCACUCGCGUUUUGAGAGAGAAAUAUCUGCCGGAAAGCCGUGACAAACUGGAGUAUCCAAAGUCCCUUAAGGGCUUAGGGGAACUCUUCAGCGAUGCCUUGAUUGGAGUGGCCUUUAAUCGCUUUCUCCGCCUGAUGGCCCCGCACACACCGAUCUACACGUAUCUGUUUCGGUACAAGGGUAGAUAUAGUUUUCUGAAAAACCCCGAUAACCAAGAGGCCAUGGGUCCCGUACACCAUGAUGAGCUCCUGUAUUUGUUCCAUGUAGGCCUUAUAAGUCCUCUUUUAAAACGGGAAGAUCCAGAGAACUUUAUUAUUGAGCGAAUGACACGCAUGUGGAUGGAAUUUGCUAAAAAAGGUGAUCCUCACAAUAAGAACGAUGAAUACCUCAAAGAGCUCAACUGGCCUCGGUAUACUUCAGAAAAUCAAGACUAUUUGGAAAUUGGUACAAAUCUGACAGCAAAAACGGGUGGCUUUUAUUUGGAUCGAUAUCACAUUUGGGAUGAACUAUUUCCAUUGAGCGGCUUUUAAAAAAAAAAUAUUUUUUUUUAUUAUUUUAUAUUCUCGACAUUUAACCAAGUUCUCCAAUGUAAAUUAUACAGUGGAGUGAUAUUCAAAUAUACUAUAGUCAUGAAUAUUAUUUUUUCGAAAAAUAGAAAUAAAAGGCAUUGUCAUAUUUUAACUAUGAUAUAUUUAGUUAAGGUUUUAUCAAAGUCUUAAAGAUAGAUAGAUAAACUUCAGAUCAGGCAAUUAAAUAUUAAAAAAUUUGCUCAAGUAAA